AUGGAGACCACUACCCCUGAUUGGUCCAGUCUUCCUGAGCACCUUCUCGCCUCCAUCGCAGAACGUCUCCCCACGCGCAUUGACACACUUCGUUUUCGUGCUGUUUGUAGUUCAUUUCGCUCCUCCAUUCCUACUCCACCAAAAACUCUCUCUCCCCACAAUAACCUUAAAUUUUCCAUACCAUCACUUUCAGUUCGUCAUCAAGGACACUUGGUGCUGGCCGAGUUCACUUAUUACGCUAUCAGACCCCUUCCCAGUUGCUCCGAUUCACACGAAAUUGCAAAUACAUGGUUGGUAAAAUGUGAAGACUUGAACUCUGGCAAAGUUCGAUUUGAAGAUCCACUGACUAGAUAUCGUCUAAGAUUCAAGAAGGUACCCAAGUUAGAAAAGUUACCAUGGUCUUUAAAUUUGUUGGAUUAUCAGAUCAAGGAAGUGGCUAAAGUCUAUAGACUUGAACAAGUUUAUCAUGGUAAUGGUUUCAAUAGAAGGAGGCCUAAUGUUUUCAGUAAGGCUGUUGCGUCUUCAAGCUUCGAUAAGAUUGAUGAUGGGUUUGCUGUUAUGACGAUAAUUCGAGGAAUGGCACUAGUGUGGAGAAAUGUAGACAAGAAAUGGACUGAAAUAGACAUUGGCUUUGAUUACUUUCUUGAUAUAAUUUACCAUAAUGAAAAGUUCUAUGCUUUGAAGUCCACUGGUGUUGCUGUAACUGUGGACUCGAAGUCUUUAACCGUAUCUCAAGUUUCUAUACCUCUGCAGAUUGAACGUUUUCCGGUUCGGUCCUUUUUAGCGAAGUCCUCUCAGGGUUUGUUUCUGAUUAUUAAGGGACGGCAAUGGCCAGUUAAACAGAUUGAAUUUAAGGUCUAUAAGCUUGAUGAAGAGAAAUGUGAGUGGGUUCAAGUGAGGGAUGGAUUGGAGGAUUCAGUGUUUUUUUUUGGCUAUGAUUGUUCAUUUUUUCUCUCGGCUAAAGAGUUUCCCGGAUGCAAAGGGAACAGUGUUUAUUUCAAACGUCGUCAUCGUUGCCCUGGAACAGAUGCUUGGAUUUUUGACAUGAAGGAUGGUAGAGUUGAAAGUCUCUCUGCUAUUCCAGGCUAUUCUAAAAUCUUCUGGCCUAGGCCAACUUGGGUUGAGUAG